GGUCACGUGGGAGAAGGCCGCCUGAGGCGCGAGGGCGGGAGUCUCGGCCGGGAGACUUCCAUGGCCGCGCCGUGUGAGGGGAAAGAUGAGGACUUCCGCUCCUGCUUCCUGCUCUCCUGACAGGCCCCGCGGCGGCGCUUAGGCCGCGCCCAGCGGGCGCACGGUUGGACGGGCUGCCAUGCGGCGGCUGGGGCCGGGGCUGCUCCUCCUGCUGCUGCUGGCCGCGCUGUGGGGCGGGGAAGCGCUCCCGGCUCAGGGGGUCCUGAGGCCGCCGCCGCCCUCGCCGGCGCCGUCGUCAUCCUCUGCCUCCGCGGCGCCCGGCGGCCACGACGCCGCGCCCGCCCUGGGCAGCAGCAGCAGCGGUUCCCCCGUGGGCGAGGCGGCGCGGAGCAGCAAUGCGAGUGGGGUGGGCAGCGUGGCCGCCGCCGUGCCCGCCCCGCCUGAGCGCAACCAGCUCAUGACCCAGCGCGCCCUCUCGGUCCUGGUCCUGGCCAGCGCCGCGCUCAUCGUCUACUUCGUCAUCCGGACCGUGCGACUUCGACGAAGAAACAGAAAGACGAGGAGGUAUGGGGUUCUGGACACAAACAUAGAAAAUACAGAGCUGACACCAUUGGAACAAGAUGACGAUGAUGACGACACAACACUCUUUGAUGCCAAUCAUCCUCGAAGAUAAGUAUGUGCCUUUUGGGAGAAUAUUACAAUUGUGGAGCAACGAAAGAAGGCUGUACAGAAGGAAUAAGAAGCCAAUAUCAGGGUUGGGUGUAUACAAGUGAUCUAUAUUAUGGCAUCCUUAGUUUGUUGCAAUAAACACUCUAACAUUUUAUUGUACCUUUUGUAUAUACAGAAAUAUUUUAAGUUUGGAGUCUAUGGGAAAUGUGCACUAAAUUUAAAACCUAUUUUAAAACAGGGUAUUUUCUGCUUAUGUUAAUUCUGUAUGGUGAUCUUCCUUCCACAGAACACUAACUGAGAUAUAUCUGUGGGUUUCUUGACCAACUUAAUUUUUUUAGGUGAGUGUCAAGUGUGAUAACUUACUUAUGUGAACUCUCAGCGCCUACUCUUUCAUUUAACAGAUAUAUUGCCAAACUUAACUACCCGUGUCAGAGGGGUGUUCCCUCUCCUUUGUAAACUGGAUGUACAUUAUAGAUCUGUGUGAGUGAUGCAAAUAAAUGUUUACAGUAUUCCUAACACUCA